GCUUGGUCUCCCGGCUGCGCGCGAAGCGGGAGGGCUCUCUUCACACGAGCGCUUCCUCGCGGAGAGGUUAGAGCUGCCGCAGUCGCAGGCCUGGGCCGCCCCUUCCCUGCUGCCGCCUUCUUUUCCUCAGGGCUCCUCGGUCCGCUCGCCCUCCGGCGCUCCCAGUGUUCUGGAACCUAACCUGCAAUAUCUCCAAGGUAUGGUCUGAAUAUGCGUUGCUUGGCAGCUCGGGUCAACUAUAAGACUCUGAUUAUCAUCUGCACACUCUUCACUUUGGUCACAGUACUUUUGUGGAAUAAAUGUUCCAGCGAUAAAGCGAUCCAGUUUCCACGGCACUUGAGUAGUGGCUUCAGAGUGGAUGGAUUAGAAAAAAGAGCAGCAGCAUCUGAGAGUAACAACUAUGUGAACCACAUGGCCAAACAGUCUGAGGAGGCAUUCCCUCAGGAACAGCAGAAAGCACCCCCUGUUGUUGGGAGCUUCAACAGCAAUGGGGGAAGCAAGGUGUUAGGGCUCAAAUAUGAAGAAAUUGACUGUCUCAUAAAUGAUGAACACACAAUUAAAGGGAGACGAGAGGGAAAUGAAGUCUUUCUUCCAUUCACUUGGGUAGAGAAAUAUUUUGAUGUAUAUGGAAAGGUGGUUCAAUAUGAUGGCUAUGAUCGGUUUGAAUUCUCUCAUAGCUAUUCCAAAGUCUAUGCACAGAGAGCCCCGUAUCACCCUGAUGGUGUGUUUAUGUCCUUUGAAGGCUACAAUGUGGAAGUCCGGGACAGAGUCAAGUGCAUAAGUGGGGUUGAAGGUGUACCUUUAUCUACACAGUGGGGACCUCAAGGCUAUUUCUACCCAAUCCAGAUUGCACAGUAUGGGUUAAGUCAUUACAGCAAGAAUCUAACUGAGAAACCCCCUCACAUAGAGGUGUAUGAAACAGCAGAAGACAGGGACAGAAACAGCAAGCCUAAUGACUGGACCGUGCCAAAGGGGUGCUUUAUGGCUAGUGUGGCUGAUAAGUCUAGAUUCACCAAUGUUAAACAGUUCAUUGCUCCAGAAACCAGUGAAGGUGUAUCCUUGCAACUGGGGAACACAAAAGAUUUUAUUAUUUCAUUUGACCUCAAGUUCUUGACAAAUGGAAGUGUGUCCGUGGUUCUAGAGACCACAGAAAAGAAUCAGCUCUUCACUGUACAUUAUGUCUCAAAUUCCCAACUAAUUGCUUUUAAAGAAAGAGACAUAUACUAUGGCAUUGGGCCUAGAACUUCAUGGAGCACGGUUACAAGGGACCUGGUCACUGACCUCAGGAAAGGAGUGGGUCUUUCCAACACAAAAGCUGUCAAGCCAACCAAAAUAAUGCCCAAAAGGGUGGUUAGGUUGAUUGCAAAAGGGAAAGGAUUCCUCGACAACAUUACCAUCUCCACCACAGCCCACAUGGCCGCAUUCUUUGCUGCCAGUGAUUGGCUGGUAAGGAACCAGGAUGAGAAAGGUGGCUGGCCAAUUAUGGUGACCCGUAAGUUAGGAGAGGGGUUCAAGUCUUUAGAGCCAGGGUGGUACUCUGCCAUGGCCCAAGGGCAAGCCAUUUCUACAUUAGUCAGGGCCUAUCUGUUGACAAAAGACCAUUUAUUCCUCAGUUCAGCUUUAAGGGCAACAGCCCCUUACAAGUUUCUGUCAGAGCAGCAUGGAGUUAAGGCUGUGUUUAUGAAUAAACAUGACUGGUAUGAAGAAUAUCCAACCACACCUAGCUCUUUCGUUUUAAAUGGCUUUAUGUAUUCUUUAAUUGGGCUGUAUGACUUAAAAGAAACUGCAGGGGAAAAACUUGGGAAAGAAGCAAGGUCCUUGUACGAGCGAGGCAUGGAAUCUCUUAAAGCCAUGCUCCCCUUGUAUGACACUGGCUCAGGGACCAUCUAUGACCUCCGCCACUUCAUGCUUGGCAUUGCCCCCAACCUGGCCCGCUGGGACUACCACACCACUCACAUCAAUCAGCUGCAGCUACUCAGCACCAUCGAUGAGUCCCCAGUCUUCAAAGAAUUUGUCAAGAGGUGGAAAAGCUACCUUAAAGGCAGCAGGGCAAAGCACAACUAGAGCUCAGAACCAAAAUCAUCUUUCAGCCUCUGCCGUACACAAAAACCAUGGGCCCUAUCUCAGCAGAGCUUAGGCACAUUUUAAAAGGUGGUAUACUAGGUUUUUGUGGAUUACAUCGAAGUGAUAAACCAGUCUUCUGAGAUAAUUGCAUUCUGUGGGUUGGGUGUUUCGAAACAUAGGUGGCAUUCGGAGCAGAAAAGUGUUUAGUCGAUGGCUGAACAGGGAUGUUUAACUUUGUCUUGCUUAUUAAAUAACGUCUACAGUUCCACAGAUGGUCCAGUCCCUCUGGGUCUGGGGAAGACACUGGUAAGUAGCUGCUACUGGCCAACUGUCCGGCACGUACCUGAAAACUUAGUAUGGGUCUCUUUUAAAAUGUGAUGAUUUAUGUUUAUGUUGGAAACAAACUUUAAAAAAAUAAUGUGCUGUAAUACAGUAAAUGUGUACUCGCAGCCUGAAUAGUGGACUGUGUGCAACUUUAUAAAAUGAUGUUUCUUUUCUACAGAUUAAUUUCUUGGCGAACUUUGUGUUGCGUUUCUUGAAUUUGUUACAUAUGGAGAAUAUUUUGAAUGUACGGUUUUCUUGAAAUGUGUAAAUUAACACAACCAGUGUUCAGGCUUCACAGUUAUAUAACGUAAGCACAACUAAAACAAAACUUGUUGACUGCACAAGAAAUCACAAAAAUGUUAUGUUUUAUGAAACUUGAUCUACAAUCAGUAAAGAUUUGAUAAUCAAUG